AGGAGGGUGGUACUGCUUCAACAGGGAGAACUGCGACACCCGCUACGACACCAUGCGACGGCUGAUGAGCUCCCGGGAGUGGCCCGCGACCCGCGUGGGAACUGGGAUCCUCUCCUCGCAGCCAGAAGAAAAUCCCCACUGGUGGAAUGCAAACAUGGUAUUCAUCCCGUAUUGCUCAAGUGAUGUUUGGAGCGGUGCCUCUUCCAAGUCUGAGAAAAAUGAAUAUGCCUUCAUGGGAGCACUGAUCAUUCAGGAGGUUAUAAAGGAACUGGUGGGAAAAGGUCUGAGCACUGCAAAAGUGUUGCUGCUAGCGGGGAGCAGUGCUGGAGGGACAGGAGUGCUCCUGAACGUGGACCGAGUGGCAGAGCAGCUGGAGGAGAUGGGUUAUCAAGGGAUUCAGGUUCGAGGCUUGGCAGACUCUGGAUGGUUCCUGGAUAACAAACAGUAUCGCAGAACUGACUGUAUCGAUACCAUAACGUGUGCUCCAACAGAGGCCAUCAGAAGAGGAAUAAGAUACUGGAAUGGCAUUGUUCCUGAACGCUGUAAGCUGCAGUUUAAAGAGGGAGAGGAAUGGAAUUGCUUUUUUGGGUAUAAGAUUUACCCCACUCUUCGAUGUCCAGUCUUUGUUGUCCAGUGGCUCUUUGAUGAGGCCCAGCUUACUGUAGACAACGUACACCUCACUGGCCAGCCUGUUCAAGAAGGGCAGUGGCUCUACAUCCAGAAUCUGGGUAGAGAGCUGAGAAACACCUUGAAGGAUGUGACUGCAAGCUUUGCUCCUGCCUGCUUGUCCCACGAGAUCAUCACACGCAAUCACUGGACUGACAUCCAGGUGAAGGGGACGUCGUUACCCCGUGCCCUGCACUGCUGGGAUCGGAGCCUGCAUGAGAGCAACAAAAACGGGAAGGCCCCUCUGAAAGGCUGCCCAAUUCACCUGAUUGACAGCUGUCCAUGGCCUCACUGCAACCCCUCGUGCCCCACAAUCAGGGACCAGUUCACAGGGCAGGAGAUGAAUGUGAUCCAGUUCCUCAUGCAUAUGGGGUUUGAUGUUCAGAAGAUGGCACAGCAGCAGGGCCUGGAGCCCAGCAAACUCCUGGGGAUGCUCAGCAGUGAUAACUAGGGAGGGCUUGUCAGAGGGGCAGAGAUUAGAUCAGGAGGAGAGAGACUCUUGGCCCUUCUCCCACACUUUCUAAUCUUCUUCCUUGCGCUCCUGCAGGCAGAUGCACGCUCACAUCCAGGCACGCUCACACCUGUGCACACCCACGUGCUCCCACGCUCUUGCACACUUUAGGGUGUGUCAAGAACAAAACAAAACAAAAAAGCAAUUCCUUGCUUACGCUGUUUGGCUGGAACUCGUUCCCUCCAAACUCCAGCCAGUCACAUCCUCUUCCUGUGUUACACAAGGCAAUCGGAUACAGGGAGUAGCAAAGCCAUAAAUAGCAGCGAUGAGAACCUUUCCCAGAUCUGGGACGUCUUCCCUUGCCAUGAAUUUUACAUCAUAGACUUGAUACAAGUGGUGUAAAAAGCAAGCACUGGAUUUCUUCUGUCCAACUAGAAGUGAAGGAAUGAUUACAUGACUUCCUGGAGGUCAGCAUCUCAUGCUGAGUCACAGUGUACAGACCCAGGACACGUGCUAGGGAUGGACACUCUUGUACUCAAUUUAUUCGUAUUAUUUUAUAAAAUGACUUUUUUAUUACUUUUUUUUUAACUAAGCAAGAAAUAUAAAUGAUAUUGUUUUGUAACAUAUUUUUUUUUACAUAACGAAGAAACCUCUUGCUACUUUGGCAACGUGGACAUAUUUAUUUUAAUAUGUAAAAUGCUAUUUAUAAGGGCUGACCAGAGAACCAUACCUAUGUCUUUGUAAAGUUGUAUAUGCUGCUCAUUUGGAUGGGUUAUCCUGAUGGUCACUUCUGCCUGGGAGAGGGCUAAGGGUGGUGUUGACAAAUUUUUAUUAAUUAGACUUCUGUGUUCCCCUUGCAGUGUUCCUUGUUAUUGUUUCUCUGAUGAAGAGGUUGUAACAUGAGGUUUAAGUACAGAGACUUUCACCCGGCACCUGAUGUUUGCAGACUUCCACAGCAUUUUUGGCUUGACUGUGAUUUCCCAGGUACUCCAGGGCACUCGAUUGAAUGGUGCAGGGAGAUCUGGCUUUGCAGUAAAGGCCUGUCUUCCAGUGAGGGAAAUGUUUGAUCAGACUGUCAGAAGCAUUUGGAACAGAAAAGACAGCACAAGACAAGCAUCAACGUAUUUCUCUUCUUGUAGUCAUUUGGGAACACACCCACUUCAGCACAGAGAAUCCCCUUUGAUGGUAGGGGAGGAGAGCAAGUGAGGGAUUGGGAAUUCGUAGAAGAGACCGUUCCUGGGGUGGGACCUUCCCCCUGCAGCACAGGGUGUGGGGAGACUUGCAUGAGGAGUAUGGCUUACUCCCUGCUGCAGGAGGUCCUGGACCAACUGUGUGUGGUUAUGCAAUGUGUAGGCCACAAAGAAUUCGGGCCUUUUUUUAGAAAAAUUCCCUGCACUUUCAAGAUGGGCCUUACGAGGUUAGAAUGGUGGUGCUGUUUGUGAGAUCCCUUGUCUUGGGUAAGUAAACCCCAAGAAUGAACCAAACCACAGCCCUUUGGUUCCUUUUCAAGGGCUUCAGGAAAAGUUGGGCAGGAACACAGAGGGAAUCAGCUGUCCUGCUGAGCGUGAUGGGAUUAGCACACACUGAAGAUAAAAAAGUAGCUAAAGAGAAAAUGAAUGAUACUGCCAGCAGAACUGAAAAGCGGGAAAACAUCAGUGGAGUUUCCCUAUGAUCAGUUUGGUGAUUGCUGAUAUCCUUUAUGUUUUAAUGACUUGAGUAUAAAAGUGAAAUUGUCCUGAUUACGUUUUUCAUCUGUUUUCUGCUGUGCAGAAGCCACUGACAAAAGGGCAAGGCUGGAAGAAUUCAGUACCAAGUGUUUGUGCUCUAAGAUCUUGCAACUAGAUGAGGUUUUUUGUCUCAGAGGAGAAGUGGCUGUGGUCCAUCUGAUGCACUGCUCUGCUGGUGUGAUUUUGGGAACCUUUGCCUUCUGCCAGCACUGCCUUCAGCACUGAGGGCUCUCCAGAGGGCACUACUUCUCAUGGGAAAGCAGAAGCCAAGCAGCAGGACCAGCUCUGCCCCCCCAGCAUCACCAAUUGGUCACAGAGUGUAGGGCAAGGGGGGAUGUGUCCUCAGGUGGACUGUGACAUGGAGUGACCCUGUGCUCUCUGCUGGUCCCUGGGCAGGUAGUAAGUGAUGACCAGGAUAUGCCACAAUACAGUCAGUAACACACUGCCAAUGAGGCCUGGAAAACUUCUAGAGGUGAAGAGAGAGGAAGGGCAAGACUUUUGGGGGAAAACCUCAUCACCUGGAGCUCCUCAGCUCUCCUGCUGCAUUUCCUGGUUGUUGUGAUGUUAACUGUGCAACUUCCACCCCAAAUGAAUACAGGUUUUGUACUUUUAGCACCAGAGGUCUUAAGGAAAAUGGGAGGGACUUGAAUGAAAGAGACACUGAGGUUACAAGACAGUGUCAAAACUGAAGGUAGGCACAUUUUAUCCUAAGAGCCACAAAAACUGUACUGUUCUUAUGUGAACUGUUCCAUAAAGUUAUCCUGCUUCCACACUGGGAUUAACACUGCAGAUGAGGAGUCAGCAAUGCUGCCGUGGGGUAAGGGAGGAAUUUUUCUACUCUGCUGUGGUUUUCAUUUUUCCCAUUCUAAAACUACAUCAGAAAUUUUCUUCCGGGCUUUUAGAGUUAGAAUUAAGAGACUUCUGGGUAGAGACAAAGUUUCGGGCGUUGUGUGCCAGGCAGGCUCCCUGUGGAAGCUUUGAUCCCACAGGACGGAGGGUUUGACACUAUAUAUUGAAAUCUGUAUUCCAAAACAGAGCUAAGAAUAUCAAAGCAAUUUUUUUUUUUU